AUCGGCUCUAGAGGAAAGAAAAACGAAUGAAAGAAAUAUUAUUAGUGAAGAUGGAAAAAUUAUCGAAAAUAUGUUUUGGAAUAGUUUAAAAGUAGAAUAUAGAAUUCAUGAAAAAUAUCCUAAUAUAAAAAAAAAGAUUGAUAAAGCUUUGAAAAUCACUUCGAAAAAUUCGAAAAAUUGGAUAGAACUAAGGAAAUUAUUUGAAUUUGUAAUGCAGACUGUAGAAGGAAAUAAACCGGCUCAGAAUGAUAAUGAUAGAAAUGAGGCAAUUAAAGAACUGUAUAAUUUGCUAGUUGAUCAAGAAAUUAACUUUCAAAAACAAGUAAAGAAAUAUUUCCAAGAACAGAAAAGAAAAAAUCAAGAUAAUCGCUUAUCUUACAUGUUUUCAAGAGUCAACCAAUUUUUAGACAUUUACUACGAUAUUAAUGACAUAGUUUCAAAUGUAGAUGCCGAAAUUAAACAAAAAAUUAAAAUGAAAACUGAUAGUCAAUUUAUUCAGGAUCUCCAUAGUUAUAAAUUUGUGAAUACUGAUGAGAUCACGAAAAAUCGUAUUACAUCUCGUUUUUUAGAUGAAUAUCAAGAAUGGAGAAACAAUGUAUUCCAUCCAGAAAUGCAAAAAAGCAAACCAAAAUAUUCAGAUCGAUCAAAAGAAAUUAAUUCAAGGCUUGAAGGUGAAAGCAAAAAAACUAAAGAACAAAUUACUGAUCGUGAAUUUCUCAGGAUUUGUGAAGAAAUUGAAAAAAAACAUUCUGAAGGUCUUCAAGGUUACUUCAUUAUUUAUCACUUGGAAGAAAUUCAGCCCGAGCAGCUACAAUACACAAUCUAUAAUACAAGUCUCGAUCAGAAUGAUAUUUUGAGUUUGAGACAAGAUGAAUUACAUGUCCCUAAUCCAACAAUCGAGUUGUACCAUCAAAAUAACUUGGCAUUAUUUGAAAACAAUAAAUGCUUUAUUGCUCUAUGGAAUAUAAAUCAAAAUCGACUUGAAAUUUAUUAUGAAACAUUGAGAAGAACGUCAGUGCAAUUGGAAGGCAAAUAUCGAAAACCUAAGACUUUGCAUCCAGAAGAGCAAUGUCUUAUUGCUGUAAACGAGCCAAAAGGCAUGUUUAGCAUAUAUCAAACUAAAAGGGGAGUG